AGAUAAAAGAUCCUUUUCAGCUCCCACCCAGCAAAGUUUUUGCCCCUGUUGCACAACUGCGACGUUUUCCGUGGGCGUGGAUCUCACAUAACGGCACAGACCCACAGCUCGCGCUUACAGACACACAAAUACCGCAAGAGGCAAAACCAUCGUCGUGCCAAACGGAAAAGCGUCGAGGUGGGCGAUUUCGCUUCCCUUUCUUUAUCGAUCUGCAGUGUGAUCGGAUCCAUCUGCAGCAUUUCACAUCAGUCCAUACUCGCAUGCAACACGGACCGAACUGCAACGUCAAGUCGCCACCAGAUGUUUAAUUUGGGUUGCAAAUCGCCUAGGGCUUGGUAAUCGCGACCUCACUUUGCCCAAAUCUGCGUACGAAACGAAGCUCCGCAAUGUCACGCGCCGACACAAAUGGCUCGGAUUCGGAAAAGAAGACCGAUUUAGCUCGGGACAGUCCAUCCGAAGAAAUGGAGGUCCCUAAAACUAAAUUCUUCCAUGCCAAAGCUAUCUUGUGGACUUUUGGGAAAUGUAUCACCGCCUUGUUGCCCGUCUACCUGGCUGGUUACUAUCGGAUGAGCACUAGUUUGGUGGCGUUCGGGAUGAUAUACGCAGGAUGGAAACACUCUCGAGAGGCAAAGGAGGCGAGACUGAGGUCUGCUAUAGAGUUAGUCAGCGAUGAACAGGAAUGUAUGUCCACCAAAGUCUUCAGAAGUAGGAAAGAUCUGCCUUCUUGGGUCAAUUUCCCAGAUGUGGAGAAGGUUGAAUGGCUGAACAAGAUUAUCCAUCAGGCUUGGCCUUUUAUCGGACAGUAUUUGGAGAAGUUGCUGACAGAAACCAUAGCUCCAUCCAUUCGUGGAUCCAGCGGCCACCUGCAGACCCUCAACUUUACCAAAGUAGAUUUUGGUGACAAGCCUAUGAAGGUGGUUGGAGUGAAGACCCAUACAGAAACUAACAAAGGUCAAAUCCUGCUUGACGUUUACAUCAGUUAUGUGGGAAACGCUGAGAUCAACGUUGAGAUUAAGAGGUAUUUCUGUAAAGCAGGUGUGAAGGGAAUACAGCUUCAAGGUAUGAUGCGUGUGAUUUUGGAGCCUCUGAUUGGUAACGUCCCUAUCGUGGGCGCUGUGACCAUGUUCUUCAUUCAAAGACCUAAACUGGACAUUAAUUGGACCGGUUUGACCAAUUUAUUGGAUAUUCCAGGGCUGAAUGUGAUGUCAGACACUAUGAUCAUGGAUGCAAUUGCAUCGUUUUUGGUGUUGCCCAAUCGGCUCACAGUUCCUUUAGUGCCAAACCUGUCUGUUGCCCAACUGCGCUGUCCUCUGCCCAGGGGAGUCGUCCGCAUUCACCUACUGGAAGCUGACGCCUUGGCCGCUAAGGAUAACAUGAUGGCGGGCUUGUCUGACCCGUACGCCCUGCUCAGGGUGGGCCCGCAGACCUUUAAAUCCCGACAUCUGGACAACACACUCAAUCCCAAAUGGGAAGAAAUAUAUGAGGUCAUCGUUCAUGAGGUUCCCGGUCAAGAGCUUGAGGUGGAGGUGUUUGACAAAGACCCCGAUCAUGAUGAUUUUCUGGGCAGGAUUAAACUAGACUUGGGAAUUGUGAGGAAAUCUCAAAUUGUUGAUGAGUGGUUCAACUUGAAGGAUGCUCAGACUGGACGGGUUCACCUUAAACUGGAGUGGCUGACACUGGAACCCACCACAGAAAGACUGGAACAGGUUUUAAAGAGAAAUGAAAGUGUGGUGAGUAAAACGGCAAAGCCACCUUCAUCAGCCAUCUUGGCGGUGUAUCUGGACAAAGCUGAGGCACUUCCUAUGAAGAAAGGCAAUAAGGAUCCAAAUCCCAUUGUGCAAAUUUCAGUGCAAGAUGUUACACGUGAUAGUCGGAUCUGCUGGAACACUGUGAACCCUCAAUGGGAAGACGCUUUCACUUUCUUCGUCCGAGAUCCAAGCAAACAGGACAUUAACAUCCAGGUGAAGGAUAACGAUCGUGUCCAGGCUUUGGGAAAUCUGUCGAUUCCUGUUUCUCGUCUUCUGACUUGUCCUGACCUGACUCUAGAUGAGUGGUUUAAUUUGGAGAAGGCCGGUCCAGGCAGCCGAAUCCACGUCAAAACAGUGCUCAGGGUGCUCUGGUUGGAUGAAGAUGCUGUUAAUCUCUCUCAUCUCUCCAGUGACCCACUAUCAAAGGGUUUUGGAUCACGCCCAGAGAUGACCACACCCCAUUCUAGCUUCGCCACUGAGGGGCUAUUGCGUAUUCACCUGGUGAAGGGUGAAAAUUUGGUUCCCAAGGACAACAAGAUGGGUGGAAUGGUGAAGGGUAAGAGCGACCCCUACGUCAAGAUUCAGAUUGGAGGUGAAACCUUUAAAAGUCAAGUCAUCAAAGAAAAUCUCAACCCCACAUGGAAUGAGAUGUAUGAGGUGGUGUUAACAGAGCUUCCUGGACAAGAGUUGUCAUUAGAGGUUUUUGAUAAGGACAUGGACAUGAAAGACGAUUUUAUGGGCAGACUGAAGAUCAAUCUGAACGAUAUCAUCAGCUCUCGGUAUAUUAAUGAGUUGUUUUCUCUGAAUGACGUCAAGCAUGGUCGUGUUCAUCUGGCUCUUGAAUGGCUGCCUACAGUAACAGACCCGGAGAAACUACAGCAGGUGUUGCUGUACCAGUCGAAGAGCACGUUUGCAAAUAAGGCCGUGCCAAACGCCGCUCUUCUGUUUGUGUAUUUGGAGCGCGCCCACGACCUUCCUUUAAAGAAAAGUGGAAAGGAACCUAAGGUUGGAGCCGAGCUGAUCUUAGGAGGAAAAUCUCGCAGAACCACGGUGAGCGAUCGUACCAGCUCUCCCCAGUGGGAUGAGGCAUUUUACUUUCUGGUUCGAAACCCGUUAAAAGAAGACCUUGUCGUAAAGAUAUCCCACUGUUGGGAUAUAUCUCUGGGAUCUGUGGUGAUUCCGAUCAAAGAGCUUCUCUCUGAACCGGAUCUGAUUCUGGACCAGUGGCUGAAUCUGGACGGAGCUUUGCCUGACAGUCAGAUUCUGCUCAGAGCUCAACUCAAGAUUCUUUGCCCUAAGGAGACAGAGAGACUUGUGGACCAGAGUGAGAUGACGAAACGUCCAGGAACCUCCAGCAUCAAAAGAAAACCGGAGGAGGAGUUGGUGCAGAAGUCUAGUGAUGAGAAAGUCCCAGAAUCUCCUGUCACCGUGACUUCCUCUGCAUCAGUCCCAGAAGAAGAGAAAGUCACAGAGGUAUCCAGUGUAGAAGACCUUCGACCUUUGCAAACCAGCCCUGACCCCAGCUUUGGUACUGAGGGAAUGCUCCGUCUCCACCUGCUGGAGGCUGAAGAUCUGGUUGCCAAGGACAACAUGAUGGGCGGAAUGGUGAAGGGGAAAAGCGACCCCUAUGUCAAGAUCCAAAUCGGAAACGCAACUUUUAAGAGUCAUGUGAUCAAGGAGAAUCUCAACCCUACCUGGAACGAAAUGUAUGAGCUGGUUUUGCCAUCGGAUUCGACUUCUGAAGUCUUUGUGGAGGUCUUUGAUAAAGACAUGGAUAAGGAUGACUUUUUAGGAAGGUUGAAGAUAAGCGUACAGGACAUCAUUCGAUCUCAGUUUUUGGAUCAGUGGUUUACUCUGAGUGAUGUCAAACAUGGCCGUGUUCAUUUGAUUCUGGAAUGGCUGCCCACCGUAACCAAAGCUGAUAGACUACAGAAGGCUCUACAGUUGCAGUCAGCACAUUCAUACCUGAACAAAUCUGUCCCAACAGCAGCGUUGCUUUACAUCCUCAUCGAGAGAGCACACGCCCUGCCGAUGAAAAAGAGCGGAAAGGAGCCCAAGGCAGCGGCAGAGCUGGUUCUCGGUGACAUUUCCCAUAAAACCAAGGUCUGUGAGCGCUCGACUGCUCCUCAGUGGAGUGAAAAAUUUCACUUCAUGGUUCAUGACCCUGAAAAAGAGAUUCUUAUUGUAAAGUUUUCAAGUGCUUGGGAGCAGCCUUUGGGAUCUUUGGUUUUACCAAUCAGAGAAGUGCUUUCAAAUCCAGACCUUCUGAUGGACCAGUGGCUCAAAUUGGAUGGCGCAGAUCCUGAAAGUGAAGUUUUGCUGAGGGCACAACUUAAGAUUUUGGACUCAAAGGUGGAUCCAAGUGUACAUCUGAAGAAGUCUGUUCCUAAAGAGGAUCAUUCUGUUAGCGGUGACCACGAGAGAAAUCAGCCAAUCAUUGCUGAGCAAACACAGACUGCAGUCAGUAAGAUGACUGAGAAGAAGACCGAGCCAAAAAAAGGGCUCAGUGAACUAGCAGCCUCCACAUUACCGGUCACUGUGUCUGUGCCUGAAGAAUAUCCGAAACAUAAAGUCAUCGAUGAUCUGAUACCAUCUGCACCUAAAACAAAACCUGACACUGAGGAUCUUAGCAAAGUCCCUGAUUCCACUUCCACUGUUGGUGGACCGGUUCACGUGACAGGACCGCUCAAAACAUCUGGAUCAGAAGCAACAGCUUUCGAAGAGCAACGGGAAUCAGAUAAACAAUCACAUAAAAAACCUUCCCCUACUUCUGUAGAGGAACCAAAGGUCACUAGUUCCACAGACGUCCGACCCCAAAAAACUACCCAUGACCCCAGCUUUGGCACCAAGGGGGUGCUGCGUAUCCAUCUUCUGGAAGCUCAGGAUCUGGUUGCCAAGGACAAUCUGAUGGGUGGAAUGGUGAAGGGGAAAAGCGACCCCUAUGUCAAGAUCCAAAUCGGAGAAACAACCUUUAAGAGUCACGUGAUCAAGGAGAACCUCAACCCCACCUGGAAUGAGAUGUAUGAGAUGAUUCUGAGUCCAGAUCAUAAUCUAGAGGUGAAAUUUGAGGUCUAUGAUAAAGACGUAGACUCGGAUGAUUUUCUUGGAAGGUUCAAGCUAAAACUUGGUGACAUCAUCAGGUCCAAGUAUAACGAUGAAUGGUUUACUCUGAAUGAUAUCAAACACGGUCGAGUCCAUCUGGUUCUGGAAUGGCUGCCCACUGUAACACAAGUUGAUAAACUGGACCAAGUACUGCAGAUGCAAAGUGCUCAGACGUAUCAGAAUAAGUCCACUCCAUCAGCAGGGUUACUGUUUAUUCUUUUGGAGAGGGCACAUGAACUGCCUCUGAAGAAAAGUGGAAAGGAACCUAAAGCUGCAGCUGAACUUGUGCUUGGAGGAACAACUUAUAAAUCCCAGGUGUGUGAACGUUCAGCAUUUCCACACUGGAAUGAAGCAUUUCAAUUCCUGGUUCAUGAUCCCAAAAAAGACAUUCUUGUCAUCAAGCUUUCAAGUGCCUGGGAUCAACCGAUUGGCUCUUUGGUUCUACCAAUAAGAGAGCUGCUUACAAAGCCAGAGCUGCUGAUGGACCAAUGGCUGAAUCUGGAUGGAGCUUUACCACAGAGUCAGAUUCUGCUUAGGGCGCAACUGAAGAUCUUGGAUUCCAAGAUGGCCGCCUUAGUAGCCAUGGGUUUAGGUCCUGUGCUGAGUAACAAGCAGGCAGCCACAACAGGACAGAUUAAGAUUUCCGUCUCUUUCCAGAAAAAGCUGGCUGUGAUCAUUCAUGCAUGCAGGGGUCUGGUUACGUCAUCGAAGGAUGGAUUGGACACAUACGUCUCACUCAUUCUGUUGCCAGAUAAAAACAAAGCCACCAAGAAAAAAACCAGUGUGAAGAAGAAAAACCUGAACCCCGAAUACAAUGAAAGGUUUGAAUUUGACUUGAGCGUGGAUGAAGCUCAACAGCGAGAGCUCAGCAUCUGUGUGAAAAACGCAUCAUCGUCCUUCAUGAAUCGAGACAAAGACGUGAUUGGCCAGGUGCAAAUAGACCUGGGACACAUUGACUUGCAGUCUGGAGUCACUGAGUGGUUUGAUCUGAAAGAAGAAAAUUAACCUAGCACUUGACCGGAGAUCUUCCCCUUAACCAAAAUUCCUGGCGAUGCUUCGAGGGCUCCUAUUAUCACAGCAGUUUUAGACUGACCAGUUCACAUCGAAAAUUUUGGUGGUGUAAACAUAUCGUUGAAGUAUUAUUGACAAAUCAAGUAUGAUGGAGGAUAAAUGCUAUGUAAGUCUGUAUCAGGUUAUUGUUUUAAUGUGGGUUUUAUGCAGGAUGAUUCUUCUGAUAUUGAAGACACUUUUUUUAUAUUACUGAAAAUGGAUGUCAUACAUGCAGGAUGUUUGGAAAUACUUGGCAAUGUUAUCUGUAAAGUGGUUUUUAUUUAGACAAGCCUGUAAGAAAGUUAUCUGGUAUCUAAAACCAUCAAGUUAUGGUUACUUAUUUGUGUAUCUUCAACAUCAUAGUCUUGCACUUUUGCUGCUGUUCACACAACGAGUCUCGUGUCGCUUCUGUAAUGCCAAAAAUCUGACAUUUUUUGUCAAAACUAUUGAUGCUGGUGUUUGUGGCAUGUUACAUUUUAAAUCCGAGUGACAAGAAAAUGUUCGCUAUGACAAUUCGUUCCAUUUUUAAUGCUGCUUGUUAAUCCGGUUGUCAAAAUCUGUGCUACACAGAUCUAGAACGAAAGCAAAAAGCCAUGUGUUUGUAUAUCAGUUUUUUGCAUUUAUUUGUUGACUGACAUUUACUUUAAGUUCUUUAUAUAGUGGUCCUAUGUUUCAUUUAUUACGUUUAGACAUUUUUUCACAUCACUUUGUGUGCACGUUACAAUGAGUUUUUAUAUUACACGCAAUCAUGCUUUAGCCAUAUAUAUGCAAAAAAGGUAAAACACCAAAGAUCAAACCCUGACCAUGUUUCCUUGCACUAUGCCAUUCAUGUUACAUUUCUGAAUGUACUGCCACAUAUUGAUAAUGCGCAAUAAAUCUUAUGUCAGACCCCU